CACGGCCAGCGCAUCGCCAUCCGAGUCCGGAACACUGGCACACAGAUGUGUCAAAGGCCCGGGAGUCCACAUCUCUUGAUCCUCCCCAUCGAUGCGAAGUACACACGAGUUACGCACGCUUUGUUAGCAUGCGCUCAGCGCACUCAGAUAGGCUCCCAGGGGCAGUACUGUCGUGCUUCGGAUACAACUGAACAAUCAGUGCGGUCCCAGCUGAGCUACUAAACUUCCACGACGCGAGUCGUGCCAGUCAUACUCCACUCGUCGCGUUGCUAUUGGAGAUGUCUACUAGCGUCAACCUGCUUUCGGGUCCUGAGCUCGUCGGUUCGUUAUUAAACUACGGAUUGCAAGGCGUCCUCAUCGCCCAAGUUUAUAUCUACCAUGUCUGUUUCCCAAACGAUCCACUCUCCUUGAAAGCCUUCGUCUAUGGCAUCUGCAUCUUUGAACUCGUGCAGACUGCUUUGUGUUCCGUCGACAGCUUUCACGUAUACGUUUGGGGCUAUGGCGACCAGGUCGACAAUCUGCUCAGCUUCUACAAUGGCUGGUUUACGAUCUGCGUCAUGGCUGGCCUGGUGUCAGCCGCGGUGCAAUCGUUCUUUGCGUGGAGAAUUUUGAUGAUGUCGCGCUACCGCUGGCUUUGUGCUUUCAUUGUGACGAUCUCUCUCACCCAGAUGUCUGCAGCCAUAGUGAGCGGCGUGAAGAUGAAAGCAUUGACCACGGACGAAGACGAAGCAGUCAUUAUUCCAUACAUCGAUACGUGGCUUGCGGGAAGCGCACUCACAGAUAGUGUCAUUGCUAUCUCAAUGACCCUCUUGCUUACUAGGGCUAAGACUGGGAUACGACGGUCGGACGCGAUCAUCGACCGACUCAUCGCGCUCGGGAUCGAGACAGGCACUUUCACGGCGGUGGUUGCCAUUCUCGAUCUCCUAUUCUUCACCAUAAAGCCGAGAACGUAUCUUCACAGCACUCCUGUUUUGGUGCUGUCCAAGCUAUAUUCUAACACGUUGCUCAUCAAUUUCAACAAUCGAGCACGAACUGCGAGUCUCGUGGACGGCAAUGUGAUGUCGAUGCAGGGCAUCCAGAGGAGCGACAACACUGCCAGUACGCUUGCAGGGGCCUCACAUGGCACGGACUUUGGGCUCAAACGGAAAUUCGAACGAGUUCUGGCCAUGCAGCCGUCGACUUCGAGGACCGAGUCCGUGAAGCCAACGGAGAGUGUGAUCUGUUUUGCACCUUCCCCAGAGACACUUGGUGGCGACAAAUUGGCUCGGAUCGCCACAACAGACUCGGAGUGAGCGACGCCGACUCGUAAUCAAUCAGGUCCGUGAUGUCCGUCCGGUGGAAGCAUGAUUCCUCGUUACGCCGUUGCUGAGUUGCUUCAUUUCAUGCGUUGCCCAUUUCGUUUUCGUCGCACACCACCGUUCAUAUGCUGCUAGGCUCAUAGUCAUUCAGGGUUUCGCUCGCCUUGGAGAAAGAGAGGUAGCUGUAAUUAUACUAGUACGAAAGCGAGUCCGGGUAUCGCGUAGCAAGUGUCAGUGAUUCUGAUGUAUGUCAGUGUACAUCCUGGAAAAGUUGGCGUAUCAUCCAUAUUUCUGUAAGGUAUGAGUAAUCGCGAGGUUUGAAUAUUGGUCGCUUGAAUGGAGCUGUCGUCGGUGAGCCUACCAGUGAGGCCUGAGGCCCGAUUCGAGAGCCUCUAUGUA